UCGGUGAUGCGUGUGACAGACUUAGUUUGAGUUGAAAUUUCCGAUAAAGUUGGUUUCUUGGGGUGAUUCUGGAUUUUGAAGGAGACAAUGGAAGAAGAGGAGUUAAUGUGGGUGGGUAUUGGUGUAUUUGGUGCAAAGAUGUGAUUUGGGAGGUAGGUUCUUUUUGUGGGUUUGUGUAUUUUUAGGGAGUGAAAUGGGGUGUGCCUGCUGUAAGCCCUCUGCCAUUGAGGAUAGUAGGGAGAGUCCAAGGGAGAGGCUAUCCAGUAAGACAUCUUCAGAUUUGAGAGUCCCGAGGGCAGUUUCUUCCAGAAGAGAAGAAGGGUAUAGAGUGAAAGAUCGGCUGGAGAAUAAUGAAGGGAGGGUAGUUUUGAUUGACAAGCAAAUUAAUGGUUCAGCCAGGUUGCAUGGUGAGAAUAUUGAGAGGAAAAGGGAGAAGACUGAGUAUAUUGUUACAGCCUCUGGCCAUCCUGGAGUGGGCAGAAUGCCAAGAGCUACAGAAGGGGAGCAGGUUGCUGCUGGUUGGCCACCCUGGUUAGCUGCUGUGGCUGGUGAAGCUAUCAGAGGAUGGGUGCCUAGGCGUGCUGAUUCUUUUGAGAAGUUGGAUAAAAUUGGCCAGGGAACUUAUAGCAAUGUUUAUCGUGCUCGAGAUCUUGAUCAAGGCAAGAUUGUGGCUUUGAAGAAGGUAAGGUUUGACAAUCUGGAGCCUGAGAGUGUUCGUUUCAUGGCUAGGGAAAUUCACAUUCUUCGCAGGCUUGAUCAUCCUAAUAUAAUCAAGUUGGAAGGUCUAGUUACAUCCCGGAUGUCUUGCAGCUUGUACCUUGUUUUUGAGUACAUGGAGCAUGACCUAGCGGGUCUUGCAUCACACCCAGGGCUAAAAUUCACUGAACCACAGGUUAAGUGUUACAUGCAGCAGCUUCUACGUGGGCUCGAUCACUGUCACAGGCAUGGUGUUCUGCAUCGAGAUAUAAAGGGUUCCAAUCUUUUAAUUGACAAUAAUGGCAUACUGAAAAUAGCUGACUUUGGUCUGGCAAGUUUCUUUGAUCCUCAUCAGAGCCAGCCCUUGACAAGCCGUGUUGUGACUCUCUGGUACCGGCCACCUGAACUUCUACUUGGGGCUACUUAUUAUGGCUCUGCUGUGGAUUUGUGGAGUACUGGUUGUAUUCUUGCUGAACUUUAUGCUGGCAAGCCUAUCAUGCCCGGACGAACAGAGGUUGAGCAGUUACACAAAAUCUUCAAGCUUUGCGGUUCACCCUCUGAGGAGUACUGGAGAAAGUCGAAGUUACCUCAUGCAACUAUUUUUAAGCCCCAGCAACCUUAUAAACGUUGUGUUGCAGAUACAUUUAAAGACUUUCCUGCACCAGCAUUAGCUUUAAUGGAGGUUCUACUAUCUAUAGAUCCUGCUGAUCGUGGAUCCGCAUCUUCUGCUCUCCAGAGUGAGUUCUUCAUAACAAAACCACUUCCUUGUGAUCCUUCGAGCUUGCCAAAGUAUCCUCCCAGUAAAGAGUUUGAUGCGAAAGUUCGGGAUGAAGAAGCUAGAAGACAUGCGGCAGCAGGAAGCAAGGGUCACAGGUAUGAUCAAGAACGGAAAGGGACAAGAGAAUCUCGUGCUGUUCCAGCACCUGAUGCCAAUGCUGAAUUAGUCCUUUCAAUGCAGAAAAGACAAGGUCAGUCCAAUUCCAAGAGCAGAAGUGAGAUGUUCAACUCUCAUCAGGAAGAAGUUGCUUCUGGUUUUCCAAUUGACCCACCUAGACCAUCCCAGGCUGUUGAUGAAGCAAGCAAUGAUCCCCAGGGCAAUCUCCAUAAGAGGGGUUCCCAUUCUGGCCCACUGGUACACCGGGCUGCCUGGGCAAAAGCUGGAAAGAAUAUGGAAGAUGCUCCAAAGAUUUCAAAUGGAGCUGACUUGUCUGCAAUGUCUGGUUUAGUUGCUGCAAGGAGGAGUGUGCUCUCUGAGGAACGCAGUGAGAAGUCUGGUCCUUCUCAGCAGGAAGUUCCCAAACUUAUUGCAAGAUUUCCCGGAUCUUUCAAGGAGACAUCGAAUUCCUCAAUGAAGCAAGAUCAAAAGAAUCAAGUGGUCACAGGAUCUUAUCAAAAUGAGGAUGGAAGAACCAGCAAUAACGAUCCCGUUCUGAUUGGGUACGGGUCAAAGGGCAAUAAAAUCCACUAUUCAGGACCGAUAAUAGUACCAUCAGGCAAAAUGGACCAGAUGAUGAAAGAUCAUGAUCGCCAAGUUCAAGAAGCUGUAAGACGAGCACGCUUGGACAAGGCAAAAUUACGAAAAUCUCAGGCUGAUGGAAACCAGUUAUCAAUUAAUUCACUAUUUGUUUCUGGCCGAUGAGUUGUUAUUAGGCAAACUAUACUGCAAAAAGGAAGGGAAGAGGCCACUCUCUGUUGUACAAUUGAGAUAUUCUGGCUAAGUGGGAGGAGCUGUAUAGGGGUAGUUCCACGAAUAUGGCUGGGGGCCGUUGUUUGGCCGGCCAGAUGUAGAAGAAUUAAAUAGGAAAUGUUGUAGUUCCCUCACUCCUGCUUAAGCUGUCAUAAGCAUUUUAUUGUAGCUCAACAAACUCUGCAUGCGAAUAGUAUCGGCCAUUUUUAUAGAGCUUGAUUGUCAGUUUUAAAUUGAACUUUAUGGCUUGUAGCCCAGAAUUUUCCAA